AUGAGGAAUAGCAUAUAUCCAAUAAUUAGGUUAUUAAUUAAAAAUAGUUUUGAAUAUUAUUAAGCUACAUAUUUUCAAUAGAAUCCUAAAAUUCAGAUUAUUAUUAAUAAUUAUUAGACAUACAUUUGGAAUUUGGAGCUUUAUUUUUGUGAAACAAAGUUUCCAUCAUUUAGUGUAAAGCAUGAGAUCAUAUUUUGA